UGAUAAUUUAUUUUUCCUGAAAUUUUAAAACAUUUUUAUCCAAAAAUGUCAACUGUACUACAAAGUCAACCAUACGCUAUUUAUCCUACAAUAUUCAAUCCUUAUAAGCCACCAUGUUAUAAGCGAUUUGCGACUUUCAGUUAUUCAUCCAAAGAUGCCGACGCAAACUCUGCCGGUGGUUAUGACAAUUUUAAAGAUGAACAUUCACCAAAUGAAAAAAGACCAGAAAGUCAGUCAGCGAAGUAUCCACAUACUUCUUCCACUUGUUCAAAAGAGUCCUCUACACAACAUCAUUCAGCAUUUAGCAGAAGACAAAUAUCCAGUGCAAAUAUGAAACUAUCUGAUAGAAGACCACAAUUUAAAGCGAUUAGGAAACAGUUGCAAAGGAAAUGUGAAAUUGGAGAUAAUAAUUGGUUAUUAACGUCUAAAAUUAAUUUAAUUCCAAGA